GCAGCGGAUACUAACAUUUAUUGAAUGAAGCAUCUAAUUUAGUUUAUAACCAUGCUUAAAAUUUCGAUUUUAGUGCUACUGUGUCUCUCCCGUGUCUAUUCAGAAACGGUAGAAAAGGUCUCAAUAGAGAAAGAAACAGAUGUAGAGAAAUCGAAAAGACAUGCUUCUCAUCCAGAACCCUGUCCUCCAGAACACACUAGUUCUCAAAUAUGGAAACCUGAAAUUAAACAAGCCAUAAAUUUUGUGAAACCAUUGCCAACUGGAUGGCAAUCAAAAUCUUCUGGAUGGGAACAACAAAAAUGGCAAUCACCUUCUACAGGAUGGCAGCCUAAAUCUUCAGGAUGGGAUCAACAAAAAUGGCAACCAAUGCCAUCAGGUUGGCAAUCAAUGCUAACAAGGAAAGUACAACCCUUAUCAAGUGGUUGGGAAAAACAAAAAUGGCAGCCAACAUCUUCAGGAUGGAAUCAGCAAAAAUGGCAAGCACCUUCCACAGGAUGGCAGCCUAAAUCAUCUGGUUGGGAUCAACAAAAAUGGCAACCACCAACGACAGGGUGGCAGCCUAAAUCUUCUGGUUGGAAUCAACAAAAAUGGCAACCACCUUCUACAGGAUGGCAGCCUAAGUCUUCUGGAUGGGAUCAACAAAAAUGGAAACCAGCGACGACAGGGUGGCAGCCUAAGUCUUCUGGAUGGGAUCAACAAAAAUGGCAACCACCUUCUACAGGAUGGCAGCCUAAAUCUUCAGGAUGGGAUCAACAAAAAUGGAAACCAGCGACGACAGGGUGGCAGCCUAAAUCUUCUGGUUGGGAUCAACAAAAAUGGCAACCACCCUCUACAGGAUGGCAGCCUAAAUCUUCAGGAUGGGAGCAACAAAAAUGGCAACCACCUUCUACAGGAUGGCAGCCUAAAUCUUCAGGAUGGGAGCAACAAAAAUGGCAACCAUCAACGACAGGGUGGCAGCAACCGAAAGUCAAUCUGCACAAACCAAUGUUUGAAUAUGCCCCAAUGUACCACCAACCAAUGAUACAUAAAUCCUGGGCCUCGAAUUGGCAGGAACCAUGCCCUGAACAACAUGCUCCACUACCACUUAUGCAUCACAUUAAAAUACCUCAAAUAAAUUACAUUAAACCUCAAAUACAGCCUGUUGUUCAUUUGCCACCUGUACAAAAUAAGGUUUGGGAGGAGCCUUGUGAUUGAAACGUUACUCAAAUCUUUUCACUGGCUUCUUCAUUACCAAUCAAAGUCUUAAGAAAGAAUCUUGUCUCAUUAAAAUAAAAUAUUCUGUCAUUUUGAUUUUAACACAUCUCUCAAAAAUCUUAUUGUUUGCAAAUGUAUUAUUUUUGACCCAUUCAAUGAUGUACAACUUAGUUUUAAUUUUGUAUUUAUUUCUACGAUACGUAUGAAAGUGACCAGGCAACGAGUAAAAAGGUAUUCAUCAUUAAAAGUCUUUUUUCU